GGUCCCCCUUUUACCGGCUGCCGCACGCACACCUUUGUUGCACCUCCUCUUUUGAUUUCCAUGCAGUGGACCACAGGGCAGGACGGACAGACAGAGGCUACACGAGGACUCGCGUACAGCAGGGAAACACCCGUCGCACGAGCUGAGGGUGAGCUCAAGGAGAAGCGUUAAUACUGGCCGGUGAUCAGCGUAACGGAGCAGGAGACGCGGCUCCGCUCGGAUGAAUGAGGAUGCUGACGCUGUAGGCUGCGAGGCGUGCCGGAGACAUGCGGUACUAUUCACUCCCCCGUCAGCUCACACUGUAGUUACUGCGAAGUCCACCCAGUCAGAGACAUUCUUCACACUCUCUCGUCUCCAGCUGGGAUUUGUCCUUGCUCUGCGCCGGGAUGCCUGCUUCUCCUCUCAUCGCGCUGGUCCUGGUUUUGCUGGGUGUACUGACAACAUGUGCCCAAACUGAGAUGAAGAAGGUUGUUGGAGACAAUGCCACGAUGCCCUGCCACCAUCAGUUCUGGGUGGGUGAUGACCCCACUCUGGACAUUGAGUGGCUGCUUCUGAAGCCCACCAACAGGCAGAGAGUGGUGAUUACCUACUUCGCUGGACGGGUUUUCGACCCCAAUGAAGCAGAGCGUGGCCGCGUAGCCUUCGCUGGAGAGUACUUAAAAGGCGAUGCUUCUCUGCUGAUCAGCGACUUGUCUCUGACAGACUCAGGAGAGUACAGCUGCAAAGUCAAGACUGGUGCACAGUACCACUGGAGCACCAUCAGCCUCAUAGUGCUGGAGAAACCAUCCAAGCCACGGUGCUGGAUGGAGGGCAAACUGUUGGAGGGUGGUGAUGUUAAGAUGAGCUGUAAGUCUGCUGAUGGCUCUGAUCCCAUCCACUACAAAUGGGAGAGGGUACUGGACAAGGGAAAAUAUGCUGGCAAGCUGCCUCCACUGGCCCUGAUAGAUUUGAAAAACCCAGAGAUUGUGACAUUGAGGAACUUGACCAAGGACAGCACCGGGGUCUACAAAUGCACAGCCAGCAAUGAUGUGGGGGAAGAGAGCUGCACAGUGGAGGUCAAGAUGCACUAUGUAAGAGGAAUGGGUGUGGUAGCAGGGGCAGUGGUUGGUGUGUCAUUCGGAGUCCUCCUCAUCAUCCUCAUCAUCUGGUUGGUGUUCCGCAAAAAGGAGAUGAAGAAAUAUGAAGAAGAAGAGACCCCAAACGAAAUCAGGGAGGAUGCAGAGGCUCCCAAAGCCAAACUGGUGAAGCCCAACUCCCUCUCCUCAUCACGCUCUGGAAGCUCUCGCUCAGGCACCUCUUCCACCCAGUCCAUGGUGCACAACAUGGGACCCCGAGGCCAACGACCCUGUGUUCCGGCUGUGGCAGCCCUCAAGGAAAACUGCCAAGCCUCCACCUUCCCUCAGUCUCCACCUAGCUACAAUCAAACAGUUCCCAAGACUCCUGAACCCCGUUCUACACCCACCUCUACGUCUACCUCCAGCUCCAAGCCCAGUCCUCCACCUAAACUGAGUCCUGGGAACUUGACCCGCAUGGGGGCCACUCCUGUCAUGAUUCCUGCCCAAACCAAGGCCUUCCAGACUGUGUAGAAGAGAUGUAAUCACAAAGAGAACAAGACCAAGGCAGCCUCAGGACAUGGCAACCAGCUGAACACACGAGUUGGACUUUGAUAAAGAUCCAGUUAUAUUAUCUAGAUAUAGUAUCAUCACUCACAUUCUGAUGGAUACUUUCAGCAACUGAACUCUGCUUUACAUUAACAAUAUAGGGACAAGCUUCUUCUGGUGUUGUUUAUUGACACGCUGUGACCUGAGCAACACUUGUGAUGAAGGAAGUGUUUUAUGGAGUGUGAGUUUAAAAGGCAAGGAGGUGAAAGGAACAGGAUUGCAUGAACCAAGGAGUGAACAGGAUGAGAUGAAGUCGGAAGCAUGAGCCAGACAUUGGACAAAAUAAGGACAUUAACUUCAUUAUCUUUGAAGAAGACAACAUACUGCUCACGGGGUACAGCUGAAGAGGUUAGAGUAGUUCACAAUUUUUCCUGUCUUGAACACCUUCCUACAUACAAUGCACCACUUUACAAUGGAAGCCCUGAAAGGCAAGCAAUAUUUUUAAAUAUGUUUUUUUCCACCUGUACAGGUUUUAAAACAAAACAUUUUCAUUUUGACAAAUUAUCAAGCAAAAACAUGUUUUAUAUUUAGAAAAAUUACCUCAAUUUGCCGUUUUUUCUGUGAAAGCAGGUGCAUUUUUUUCCAAGUUAAAAUAAAAUAACUUGCCUAUCAGGGCUUCUGUACACCUGUUGCAAAUUCAAAUACCCUGCACCUAUAACUGAACUGAUGAAAGUAGCUCUAGGUUGUUACAGUAGGUUGUUACAGUAUAUAAAUGGGAUGAAUGGCUCUGAUUGUAUAAACAGACUUCAUGUGGACAUUUCAUAUAUUCACCGGUACCUGUGUCACUCGCUGUAACAUGGACAUAUAUGAUACUGAAUUCUGAAAAAUACUGAAGAAUAGCGAACCUGUAGAUGUGCACAAAUUCCCAUUUCCAGUAGUUUAAGUGUGGAACUAUAUAAGUAACUUCCUGUUCAUACUAUUCAUUCCCGACAUGUCAAGGUUUGAAGAAAAUUCAGAGAAGGGAUUUUUUGUGAGAUUUCUUUUACAGGACCUUGGAGCGCUGAUAUUUUUGAUUGUUACGGGGUUAAGCAGAGGCCCUAUUGAGAAAGUGCCACGUUGUGAUGUUUUACACUUUAUUUGUUUCUUUUAUCCUGUUCUGUGUAUACUAUACCUUUUUUUUAAUCAAAGAAUGAAAAACUGAAUGAAUGUGAUGCUAAAUGAGAUGUGUUAUGUGCAGUGUUUUUUCUCAGCAAUGUUAAAAUGUUUGUUUUGAAUUUAAAUGAGUUGAUAACUCAUUGAAUAACUUACACACUAUAGAGAGAAAAUCCUGUCACCUUAUGCACUCUUGAUACAUUAGAACUGUAAUAUAUUAAUAAACCCUAAAGAGUG